AGGCAACGCCCGCUGGAGAAGUCCCAGCGUCAAAAAGGUCCGGAAGAAGGGACCUGCAGCGCAUUCUUUCCGUGCCGGCGGCUGUCCCCGCCGCUGGGCGGGUUAGGGCAGAGGAAAUGUUGCAGGAAGAGUCGGACCUGUCUCUCAUCAUUGCCCAGAUAGUCCAGAAACUCAAGGGCUCCAAUCUGUAUGCUCAGCUGGAACGGCAGGCCUGGACUUGCCUUCAGAGACCUGAGAUCAGACUUGAAUCACUCAAAGAAGAUAUUAAAGAAUUCUUUAAAAUAUCAGGUUGGGAGAAGAAACUUCAGAAUGCUGUUUAUAGUGAACUGAAUGUGUACCCUUUGCCCAGUCACCCUUCCGCUCCCCCUGAGCAUCUCAAAGAGCCCUUGGUGUACAUGAGGAAAGCACAGGGAAGUUGGGAAAAAAGAAUCUUGAAGAGUUUAAAUAGUAUGUGUACGGAACUGAGUAUCCCAUUAGCACGAAAGAGACCAGUUGGAGAACAGAAAGAACUUCUUAAUAAGUGGAAUGAAAUGGGAACUGAUGAGCCAGACUUAAGUCUUUUUCGACCCGUUUAUGCACCUAAGGAUUUUCUUGAGGUAUUAAUUAAUCUCCGCAACCCAAAUUAUGAAAAUGGUGAUUCUCUUAGUUUUAGGACUAAUUUGGGUUUAAUCCAAGUUCCUCUGAAAGUAAAGGACAUCCCUGAAUUGAAAGAAUGCUUUAUAGAACUUGGCUUAAGUACAGGACAACUGGGUAUUGAUGACUCUACACAAGUGCCUCCUGAACUUUUUGAAAAUGAGCAUGUGCGUAUUGGGCAAAAAGUUCUAGCACAGCAGGAUAGCGCUGCUGCUCAGCAAUACAUCAGACAAGGAAGUCCCACGGCACUGAGGGCUGAGCUCUGGGCGCUCAUUUUGAAUAUCUCCAGUCAGCCUGAGGACAUCCUGUACUAUGAGCAGCUUAAGACCAAUGUGAUACAGCAUGAUCUUUUGGUGGACAGUCUAAUUUAUAAAGAUGUGAAGCUGACAGCAAGCAAUGAUGAUUACUAUUUUGUAUUUGAAGAUUAUUUAUAUCAGGUAUUACUUUGUUUUUCACGGGAUACGUCUGUCCUGGGACACUUUGCGUACAACAGUGCUUCACCACCGAAAUCAUACAUCAGAGGAAAACUAGGAUUAGAAGAAUAUGCUGUCUUUUAUCCACCCAAUGGUGUAAUCCCUUUUCAUGGAUUUUCCAUGUAUGUUGCACCACUGUGUUUUCUGUAUCACGAACCUUACAAAUUGUAUCAGAUAUUCCGUGAGAUGUAUGUCCGCUUUUUCUUCAGACUCCACUCCAUCUCCUCUCAUCCUUCUGGUAUUGUGUCACUCUGUUUGCUGUUUGAAACUCUUCUUCAAACAUAUCUUCCCCAACUCUUUUAUCAUCUGCGAGAAAUCGGAGCUCAACCACUUCGUAUAUCAUUUAAAUGGAUGGUUCGAGCUUUUUCUGGAUACUUAGCUACAGAUCAACUCUUGCUUUUGUGGGACAGAAUCCUAGGAUACAACUCUCUGGAAAUUCUUGCUGUGCUGGCAGCCGCCGUGUUUGCUUUCCGAGCAGUGAACCUGAUGGAGGUGACAUCACUGGCUGCAGCUGAAGCAGUUCUGGCUGACCUUUCUACCUUAAAAGUUAUGCCUCUUCUUCAAAUUUUUCUGUUUGCUACUGUCACCUGAUCUUCGAGGUCGCUGGCAACAUAUCUAGUUUUUCAUUAGAAACUAAUCAUGAACUAUGCAAACUCUGCAUACAACCAAAAUUAAACUUUGCAUAAAAGCCAAUAAAGAUCAUGUACCCUCCUCAGUUAAAGAUAAGAAGUUUUUCACUUUUGAAACAAUAACCAAAUACUGCGCUUGCAUGCUGAUGACUGUCAAGAGAGAAGCAAUAGACAACACUUCUGCUGAACUGAGCAUCCUACAUGCACAGAUUCCUAACUUGUACCAGGCAUGUACCAUAUAUGCAAUAAGAACUAAAGCCACUGUAAUAAACUUCAAGAGGUAACAUAGCUUCUUGUCAGUUUGUACACUUCUCCCUAGGUGAUGGUUGGUUUUAUACAUUGUUCCCGCUAACACCAAUGGGGGGAUGGGCAUGAAGAAGCUUGAAAAUAAUAAUGCAUUUGAGUGGAAUUCAAAGUGAUAGCUUGAUCAACUUUUAAUUUAUGAUGGAUUUUCAGAUCCCUCCCAUUUUAUUUCUCCAUUAAACAUCUCUAUUGGAAAAAGGUAUAGAGAUCAUCCAAUAAUUUGUUUUGGUUUUGUUUUUUGAGGCAGUCUUAUAUAGCCCAGGCUCUCCCCAAACUCAGUGUGUAGCAGAGAAUGACUGAAUUCCAGAUUCUCUUGCCUCCAUCUGCCACGUGCUGGGAUUACAGGUGUGUUUCGGCACACCUGCCUCCAUCUGCUGAUAUCUUCCUCGUGACUCUGGAAGUCAGAAACGUGUAGAGCGAUCCCUUUGCACCCCCCAACCUGACAUCUUUCACACAGAAGCCUUGACAGUGCUGACACUUGCUGCCAGAUUCUGUUUCCUUGGAAGUGCACAAGGAGGAGGAGUCAAAACCACAUCCACUCUGCUGAAUCCCGGGCUUCCAGAUUGACUUUUAGAGCACAACAGUGCAGAUACACCACAAGUAGUCAAUCUAGAACGGGAGGUUUAUUCAAGGCACUGGGUCUUAUUUUCCUGUGUAUGUGAGCAAAGGGUUCUGUUUUGUUUUACAUUUCUUUAAUAAUGUCAUUUCAGUAUAUAGAAUAAUAGAAUGUGAAGAAAAAAACAGGUCUUCUGAUUUUAGAAGAAAAUUUAAGAUGCUGCUCACACUAAUAAAACUCAAAUAAAUCAAUAGAUUGAUA